AUCAGAAGCAAUAACCAAGGGUUAAACAAAACAAACUGACAAUUUAUUCAUGAAUAGAAUUUGGUUUGAAAAGACGUUUUAUUGCAGCUUUUUGAUACGUUUUGGUGGUCUUUUACACAUUGACUCUGAAUGUAUUAAAGUCAUUAGUCAGAAUUUCUUUUUUAAUUAAGACUAACUGGUGCAGUAGGUCCUCUACUGAGAGGCGUGAGUAGCAGCCACUUGCGUUUUUCCUUGCAUUUUCAUAACACGUUAAACAUGCAUAAAAUAAUACAAUUGUUAAAUUUAUGAAUUUUGCUUAAGUUCAAUCCGGGACCUAAGCGUUAGCUUAAAAUUAUACACAUAUAUAGGGUUGAUUUUAGAACAUGUCCUGCUUGACAAAAUCACUGCAUUGAGAUGUGCUUCUUCCCGAGUAACCAAUAGGUGGCGCAUUAGUCCUGCACAUCAUCGAUGAACGGCAUUUACCUGACGCUAUACCUGCACGAGCUCUCCUGCGUUAGCCUAUUCACUGCAACUCUGUCCGGAUAAAGACCUUCCUUUCGAUACUUAAUAUUUGCUACAAAUUUCCAACCAUCAACAUACGUUUUAAAAUUGAAUGAUUAAAAAAUUAUUACCUGACAUUAACUACAUUUCUGUGGUGGUCUCUCAAAAAUGUAUGAGCUCCUACCUAGAAUACACAUAAAUACUAAAAAUGCGGUGUAGUCACGCGGUUCAGUUGGUUUUGAGACACAAAUGUGUUUACUUUCAGAGAAACACUUGUCUUAAAAGCGUGUUGGCUGCAAGUGUUAACGCAGUGACAGUUUUUAAAAUGCCUGCUUACAUUUCUCAGCUUGUGUGAGAACAUCGACAUUUUAUGUCUCUGAACCAGUCAGAAAUUUGGUCUGCACCUUUAUAUAUUCAUUUGAAAUUUCGAACAGCCGAACGAAUUAAAAAGGGGGAAAAAAUAAUAAAAAACGCAGGCUAAUAAUUAUCACUGUUUGAAAAUGUGGCGUUUAAAGAGACUUUUGACUUAGAAAUUGUUUUACAGUAUUUUGGAAGUACAUUCGGUGUCAGCUGGAACAGGCUGUAGAAUAGAACAGUUUCAUUGCAUUGGAGUUAUUGCCUUGAAGGCAAUGCUUUGUUUCAAUAAUUAAUCUUCUCUUUGGUGUAUCCGGGGAUGAAGAUGUGACGCGUGGAUAUGAUUUUUCUCAGGAAAAAAGGGAAUGUGAAAAUGAAAGACAGACAAGAGCCAGAACAGAUGUGAUGAGAUGUUGUGAAAGGAUAUCUAUUCUGGCAUGCCCUCUACAUCCUUAAUCCUCUCUCUCUCUCUCUCUCUCUCUCGCACUCUUCCUUCCUCCCUCUCUCCCUCUCUCUCCCUCUCUUAGCCCAGUGUGACUCUUCAGUUAACAAACAGCAUUUUCUUCUGCAUCUGCUCUUAUCAUUGACUUUCUGUCCGUGGAUUUGGGAGGAACUUGUGGUUUUGUGCAAGCAAAGAGCAUUUCCUAGCUGGAUCCGGCAGAUCGCAGACGAACGCUUAUGGUGCCAGUCAUUUUCAUGAAUUCGAAAUCAACUCACCAGUGAUCUUUGGGAGCUGGAGAUAAAGUCUUUCUGUUUAUAACCCAAAUGCUGAACAUGGAGGGCUUUCUGCGUAGCAGCUUUUUACUGAGCAGAAUCAUGUCUUCCAAGCAAGCCACCUCUCCAUUCGCCUCAACCCCUGACGGAGGUGAGGAUGGAGUGAAUCAGGAGUGCAUGUCCUGGGAAAAAGAUGAGAACUCUGAGUCACUAGUCACUCCUCAGCUUCCCCUGCACAAUCUGCUCAUCAACAAACCUCCCCUGGAGGAGCUCCAGCCAAUCAGCAGCAGCGUGCCGCCCGAAUCCGACUGGGACAGCCUCCUGGCCCAGCAGCGCAUGGAAUCGGACAGCAAUAAAGUAUGUUCCUUAUACUCCUUCCGGAAUAAUUCUACCUCUCCACACAAGCCAGAGGAGGGGGCCAGGGAGCGCGGCGACCUGCUGAGCAGUUCAGCCUUCGGAACGCCAGAGCGCCGCAAAGGAAGCCUGGCCGAUGUGGUGGACACACUGAAACAGAAGAAACUAGAGGAGAUGACAAAGACAGAGCAAGACGAAUCCUCUUGCAUGGACAAACUCCUUUCUAAAGACUGGAAAGAGAAGAUGGAGCGACUUAACACAGACGAGCUGUUGGGAGAAAUUAAAGGUACUCCAGAAAGUCUUGCAGAGAAGGAGCAACAGCUCUCCACCAUGAUCACACAGCUCAUCAGCCUUCGAGAGCAACUCCUGGCUACCCAUGAUGAGCAGAAGAAACUGGCCGCUUCACAGAUGGAGAAACAGCGUCAGCAAAUGGAGCUGGCACGCCAACAGCAAGAGCAGAUUGCCAGACAACAGCAGCAACUCCUGCAGCAACAGCACAAAAUCAAUCUCCUCCAGCAGCAGAUCCAGCAGGUCCAGGGUCACAUGCCUCCGCUCAUGAUCCCCAUUUUUCCACACGACCAGCGCACUCUGGCAGCAGCCGCGGCAGCCCAGCAGGGCUUCCUCUUCCCCCCAGGCAUGUCCUAUAAGCCAGGUGAUAACUACCCAGUGCAGUUCAUUCCAUCCACAAUGGCAGCUGCUGCCGCGUCAGGACUCAACCCUCUCCAACUCCAGCAACUCUACGCCGCCCAGCUGGCCAGCAUGCAGGUCUCUCCAGGAGCCAAGAUGCCUCCGCUGCCCCAGCCCCACAAUUCCGCUGGGCAGAUCUCCCCGUCUGGCUUGAAGAAUGAAAAGAGGGCCUCAACCCCACUGGCUCAAGUCAAGGAGGAGGGAACGCAGCCUCUCAACCUCUCCGCCCGGCCCAAGACAGCUGAGCCCGUCAGAUCCCCCACAUCCCCAACACAGAUCCUCUUCCCAGGCAACAAGAGCAGCCCGAACAGCCUCUCCAAGAGCGGAGGCAUCCCCAGCCCCAUUGGAGGAAUGGGCCGUGGCUCGUCUCUGGACAUCCUUUCCAGCCUGAACUCAACAGCGCUGUUUGGAGAUCAGGAUGCAGUGAUGAAGGCCAUCCAGGAAGCGAGAAAGAUGAGGGAGCAGAUUCAGAGAGAGCAGCUCCAGCAUCAUCAGCAGGGAAUGGAAGCCAAGCUGUCUGCCCUCACCAGCAUGGGCCUGAACCACUGCAGAUCUGAUAAGGAGAGGUCUCAUUACGAUAACCUGGGCCAUCACCUGAGCAAACUAGGCGAGGAUGGAAAGGUUGGUCACAGAGUCAUCGACCUCACCAGGCCAGAGGAUUUCGAGGGAGGCGCCAGCACUACCGAUGCACGGGUCUACAGGGAACCCCGAGGAAGGAACAGCAACGAACCUCACAUCAAACGACCCAUGAAUGCCUUCAUGGUCUGGGCCAAAGAUGAGCGCCGCAAAAUCCUUCAGGCCUUCCCAGACAUGCACAACUCCAACAUCAGCAAAAUCUUAGGAUCUCGCUGGAAGGGCAUGACAAACCAAGAGAAACAACCAUAUUAUGAGGAGCAGGCACGGCUCAGCAAGAUCCAUCUGGAGAAGUAUCCCAACUACAAGUACAAGCCCCGACCCAAGCGCACCUGCAUCAUCGACGGCAAGAAGCUGCGCAUCGGCGAGUACAAGCAGAUGAUGAGGUCGAGGAGGCAGGAGAUGAGGCAGUUCUUCACUGUGGGGCAGCAGCCACAGACGCAGAUCCCCAUCUCCACCAGCGCAGGUGUCGUCUACCCCGGUGCCAUAACCAUGACGACCACAACGCCAUCCCCUCACAUGACGUCAGACUGCUCCAGUGCCUCGGCCAGCCCCGAGCCCACCAUCCCCGUCAUCCAGAGCACCUUCAACAUGAAGAUGGAACCGGGCACCAUGGUGUCUAACCAACCCGUGAACGGAGAGGACGAGAUGGACAUGUACGAGGACUUUGAGGACGAGCCCAAAUCGGACUACAGCAGUGAGAAUGACACACAGGAGCCGGUCAGUGCCAUCUAAGGAGAAAUCAGCCAGCGAAGAAUAUCCUUUUAUAAGUGAGAAGACUGAAGAAGAUGAAAAAGAGGACAACAACGACAACAAAAAAGAAAUCCAAACACUUGUUUCUGAAUGAUAUAGAUUUUGGGAGCUAGCAUGCAGAUGUGGCUCCUGCAGAUUUAACAGCUAUUGGUCUUAAGUGUUUCUCCGAGUGUGAAACAUUUUGAUUGUGUUUUAUUUUGGCUUUGUUUUUAUUUGUAUUUUUGGCUUUUUUUAUUGUUAUUUUAUUGGAAAAAAAAAUGUAUUGUGUUUUAAUCAUGGACAAUUUAGGGUAUUUCCUACAGCAUUUUUGAAUAAUAGGAGUUGACUAUGAUUGAAACAUUUCAUAUGAAUGCAUAACUGACAGUCUUACUUCAAUUCAAACGGAUUUACACAUGUAUUUUUUUUUCUUUUGAAGCGUACAUUACUGUUUUCGAUGGGGUUCUAUAUCUCACUCAGGUAUGCUGUACCAGCCAACAGCUUGUGAAUGUUUUUAAUCAGAACUAUUUAAAAUGAAAAAGACGACACUUCAUUUGACAUUUCAUAAUACGAUAAAACUGAAGAAAUCCUUACAUUUGCUGAACCAUGGAGGGAACGCCUAAAACUCCCCAUUAUUAUUGUUCUUGUUGUUGUUGUUAUUAUUAUUAUUAUUAUUACUAUUACUAUUAUUAAUACUACUACAAGUUCAGAUGUGCCAAACAUAUCAUAAGCUUCCUGCUCUUAAAUCUUAAAUUUGAAAGUCUUAAGGGAGAGACUGCAGAGUCUUAGACAAUCCUUGCAAUCUUAUUUACAAAGCCCACUUUUUUCCUCCUCUCCCGCUUUUUUUCCCCCCUGCUCUCCAUUGACUACCAUGUCCAAAUACUCAGGAACUAAGAAUGCCAUAGUUCUCCAGGAGGUUCAAUGCAGUGAUCACCUCGUCUUCUCUCAGUCGUCUAGUUCGGUCUUACCCGCUCAGUUCUUAAUCGCAGUGAUUGUAAUCAGGCCAGAAUACCAAGGGGCCAAAUGGCAUCCAAUCUGCAGAAUUGGACAGGCAGCGAAAGGCAGCUUUGGUGUAUUACAAUCACAAGUUGCUGUGGUACAACAUGUACGCACACACACACACCAGUCUUUAGCCCCAUUUUUCAAGUCUUGAAGACAUUGUAAUCUUAACUGACAGAAAUCGUCUUAAAGCAGAGUGUGUGCCCUUUGACCUUCUGCAGUGUGUUAAUCAUUAUGUCUUAAGAGAAAGUCCAGCUUAUCAGGAUGUUCCUGCCAGUCAUGCAAAGGGUUAAGGAGAAAAUGUACUAAACGGACAAUGGCACUUAUUUUCCAAAUUUUCAAAGGGUACUUGGAUUUGAAAUACUUUGUAUUUAUUUCAAGAUAUGUGAAGAAAUAUACAUUUGAAAAUUCACAAAGUCAAAUCUGCCCCUUUUUUUGGCGAUUUAAAUCAUUUUACUUGUCUCCAAUCUUUUUUGAGCACUUGAAAAAAAAAAAAAUAGGCAAUCAUGCAUUCUAAAUGAUCUGCUCGUUCCGGCAGCAAAAUGGAUCUCGGGUUGUUUCCAUGUGGAAGGACAGCCAAGAAGCAGCCAGUGGUCAGGGCUUCUUGUUUUAGGCUUUGGCCCUACUGAAAGCUCCUACAGGGUGCGAGUGCCAUUCACCUCCACUCACCUGACCUCUACCCAGUGCACACCCUGCCUCAAGGGGCUACCAUCUGGCUCCCGGCAUCAGCCCGUGCCCAGGAGAAAGGUAGCAAACAAUGGAAAUGAGGCCCAUGUGGUUUAUUGUGCCCUCCUUCCAUCAAAACACUCUCAAAAGGCCACGGCCAGAAGCAGCCACGAGGUGCUAGCGAGCAGAUGGAACAAGUAGAUCAAGCUGUGGGGGAUUAUUAAAACGACUGACGAGUCGGUAUCAUCUGAAAUACGGCAUUAUUAAUGCAUGAGUCCAGCUAUUUUGCCUUUGCCCUUGAACCGGUCUGUUUCAUCAGUAACCCAGAGAUUAGAACAGACAGGAAAUGUCACAGCGAGGCUCCUGGUCACUGCAUUACCUCCAAAGGUCUAAAAGGUACCGAUGGCCGUCUAGCGCUUACUUCUCCCAGCAGUUGAAGCAUUGACUUUUCUCCUCAGCGCCCCUUUUUGAAAAGCAUUUACUUAAUUUUUUCGAAGUUUUAAGCACUUCUUUAGAAGCUUGUAUCCGUACCUUUUAUUUUAUUGGUUUUGUUGAAGUUUGUCGUGAUUUUUACAUGAGGUACAAUACUUGGCUGGGUGUCCCUUGACAUCAGCAUUCAGUUUUGUUUUUUUUUCUUCUUCCCUGCUUACAAGCCAACGUUUAUUGUUUAAAGCUGUUAUAUCUGUUUGCUGGUGGACUGGUUGAUUUGUACGGGAUUUGUACAUAUUUCCUUGACCAUGCCAAGCCAGGUCUGUAGGCUGGUAGCAGACAAAAGGACUGUUGUUGGGACUGAAACUUGAUUGCGCUUGUAUAGAUAAAAAAGACAAAAAGAGACAAUUUCAAUCUCACAUGGAGACAAUGAUUCAAAAGUGUUACAAGCACUGGAUAUAAAUGGUAUUUUUUAUCAAUUCUGACUAAUGUGAAGCCGUUGUGCGAGGAAGAAAAAAAAAAACACAGACACGAACAACCUGUUUGGACUCAUGUGAGCGCGCCUCACAGUUGCCAGAUUUGAAUAAUUUUUCUUUUGACACACUUUGUUUAUUUAUGCAAAGACACGGGAUGAAUGAACACUUUGUUUAAGCUCCAGUGCUGCCUUGGGGAGAGAGAGCAGUAAACUCGACGGAGAGCCUCGCGUAGUGACUGGCCAACUGAGACACACCGGACUUCAGUAGCACAUUUUGAUGGUCAUGUAUGUUUGUGUUGUAUAUUGUAAUUGAAGCUCUCUAGUGCAUAUAGACAUUUUAUUGUAUUUAUUAGCCAUUAUUGGCUCUAAAAGUGUCAGUAGAACAGAAUUAAAGGACAAUCAGAGAACAAGAAUAAAAAGUGAAAUUUGAAAAUGGAUUGGAGCUCAAAACAAAGUUUCUUUCUUUUCUUCUUUUUUUUUUUUUUGAUUGUAAAUAUAGGAAAAUAGAAUUCUAUUUUUGUUCAUGGAUACUUACCGAAGUGUAAAUUAUGUAUUUUACUUUACUGUGUGUGUGUGUGUGUGUUUGGUCAUUGUACUUAGAAGAAAGACUGAAAUCACAAACACAAUUCACUGUAGCUCGUGUAGUUGCUAAAUUGACAUCCCUGUUGAUUGAGUAGUAUUGGAGACACAGAUGAGACACCCGGGCAUCUCAUUUCCAUGUGUUUCAGUGAUGAACCUCGCACUUCAUGCUUCGUUAACCAGCCAUUUGCUAUGUUGUUAGUGCACUCUGUAGCAAAGGACAAAUCUUGAAAUCCAUGUACGCAAUUUUCUUUUCUUUUUUUACUUAAAAUUUUUUUUCUAAAUGUUGAGGUACUUGCUGAAGUUAUAUAAUAAUUGGUUCUGUGCCAAAUUUGAAUGAGAGAACGUAAUUGUUGGGCAUCAGUUGUGGCGUGUCACAGUACAGCUUCAUCUGAAAACAUAUGGGAUGUGCAAAUAUUUAUGAUUGUGUGUUAGUUUGUUUUUUAUGCUGCACAGUGCAGAUCCACUCUGUGCAUUUGACGUUUUCGUACAAUAUUUUUCUCUGUGUUGCUUCAUAGUGUGUAAUAGACCAUUUCCCAUCCAGUCAACAGCAAGUCUAAAUGACAUUUCUUUUAUAAUACACAACUAUCACUGCUAUAUUAAUGCAAAAAUAGGUACAAUAACUAAGGACAAAGCUUGGGAGUUUCUACUUGUCUUACUGUAAUGUUUUUUUUUUAGUAUGGACUUUUGUGAUGUAUAUUGUGGGCUAGUUUUUGUUCAUUUAAAUCAGCACAAUUUCUUGACAUGCUGGACUGAUAUGCCAGCUGCUGUUCAGAAGAGUAAAAUGUUUCUGUCAGGGAUGACGUAUGCUGUUGUCAAUGCUAGUGUUUUAGAUUUCUGUAGUCUCUCAAGCAUCAUUGUGUGUGGCUCCUAUGUCGCUAGGUGCAGUCCUGUUUCGAAACCCGCUAGCAGCCUGAUAACACAUUAUUGUCUUGUCUUGUGUGUGUGUGUGUGUGUGUGUGUGUGUAGAGAUCAGUUUCUCAGCAGGUACACAGACCCAUGGCAGGUAUUAUUGUUUGGGCGUUAGAGAUAUAGAAUAGUAUCUGUUGCUGCUCUUUCAAAAAAAUAAAAAUGUAAGUCUAAAAAUGUAAAUAGUUUAUAAUAAUAUCUUGUACAGUCCAGUGUAAAGUUUUAAUUGAACUUAAAAAGGUUGCCAUCACAUUUGUGUUCAAAUUCUUCUUUAUACAGUACAAAAGACAGCUAUUUGCUAAUGAUAUUAUUGUUAAAAAAGAAAAAA